AUGGCGUGCGAGAAUAGUGAGCUGGUCCGCAGGCGCGGCAGAUGGCUGGUUGCAAGGACCAUGGAGAUCUACAUUCAAGAAGUCAGUGCCCUGCAGUUUUUGCCCGAGCUCUCGCAACCUUCCAGGGAUCGGGCCGCCAUCCUGGCCAUCAGCUUCCCCUUCCUCUCCAAGGCUGCCAUCCCUGUGGUGUCCUAUACCUGCGAGGAGUGGCAGAGCGGGGACUCGAUGAACCUGGCGCUGGUCUGUGGCGUGGGCGUCGCCAGAGAGAUGGAGGUCCAGGUGGGCUUUCAGAUCUACAUCGUCUCCGUGCUGUGCUUUCUUGGCUGGUUCUUCCUGUCCAUCUUCGGCGGCGUGGGGUUGAGCGCGGCUCCCCUGGACAUGAUCCUGGGCUUUGUGGACCGGCCAAAGCCCAUCAGCGAAGCCGCCUACCAACAACGACGGAAAUUGGUCGGCUUGGCUGCGGGGGUCCUGUUGCAGAGGGCGGAGGAGCUUCAAACCCGCGACGCCGAGGGCGAGGAGAAGAAAGGCAAGCGGAGUAUGUGGAGCAGCUGGCAGAGCGGCCGCGCGCUACGCCAGGUUCGCACAGAUUACAAUCGCUUCAGAUGCGACGUGCUGUUGUUGGAAGAGGAGUUUGAGAAGAUCCAAGUCUCCAAGUUCAACAAGGGCGAGAGCCUGGUGGUUGCUGUACUGAAGCUGUGCUGCGGCGUGGUCUUCGCGUUGAUGUCGCUGGCUUGGGUCCUGCAGAUUGUGCUGUGCGUGCUGGUGCCACAGCUGACCGGGCAGGCUGGUCCGCCCUUCCUGAAUAGCUUGUUUGCGCUGUGCGAAGAAUCUGGGUUCUACCCUUUGGGCGUGGCGGUGUAUGCAUGCUUUAUCUUUUACCUGCUCAUUUGUGUGGUCAAGGGCUGCACCAAGUUCGGCAUGCGCGUGGCCUUCCUCAUCAGCAUCCACCCCAUGCGUCCUCAAAACACUCCGCUGAACAGCAUCCUCUUCAACGUGGAGAUGCUAUUGGUUUCCACAGCGGCCUUGGUGCAGUUCUCGCAGACCGUGUUCAACGACUACGCUCGGCUCACCGAGGCGGACGUGAUCUUUUCAGCUCAGAUCCAGCGUCUACGCUUCUACAGGUUUUUCUUCGAGAACCACAUCUUCAUCAUCACCAUGCUGGCAGUGCCCGGAGAUCUUGAGAAAGCCUGGCUGCGGCAACUGGAGAAACUGCGACUUUUUGCCGGGGUGUAG